AAAGUUUGUCUGAGCGACAGCAGAGCUGCAGUCGAGACAACUCUCUCUGUUUCUCUCUAAAGAAACAUUCAGCUGAAUCCAGCAGCUUUUUCUCAACAGCAGAAUCUCUGCCUAACACUGAUUGUCCAUAUGUCUGCUGCCAGCUGUCUGCUGACUGAAGAUCAGUUUCUGUGCUCCAUCUGUCUGGAUGUGUUCACUGAUCCAGUCAGCACACCAUGUGGACACAACUUCUGUAAAACCUGCAUCACUGAUCACUGGGAUAGUAGUGUGCAGUGUCAGUGUCCCAACUGUAAAAAGGUUUUCAACACCAGACCUGAGCUACAAGUCAAUACCUUCAUCUCUGAGAUGGCUGCUCAGUUCAGACAGUCAGCUCAACAGGAAGCCAGCAGCAGCAGCAGCUCAGAGCAACAAGUUUCCAAACCAGCAGACGUUCCCUGUGACGUCUGCACUGGAACCAAACUGAAGGCCCUGAAGUCCUGCCUGGUCUGUCUGGACUCCUACUGUGAGACUCACCUGGAGCCUCAUCUGACAAGGUCAGGUCUGAAAAGACAUCAGCUGAUCGACCCUGUGGAGAACCUGGAAGGCAGGAUGUGUACGAAGCACGAUAAACUGCUGGAGCUGUUCUGUAAGAACGACCAGACAUGUAUCUGCAUGCUCUGCACUGUUUCAGACCACAAGCUACAUGAUGUUGUUCCUCUGAAAGAAGAAUAUGAAGGAAAGAAGGCCGAGCUGGGGAAGACAGAGGCUGAAAUUCAGCAGAUGAUCCAGAAGAGACAACUGAAGAUUCAGGAGAUCAAACACUCAGUGGAGCUCAGUGAGGAAGAUGCAGACAGAGAGAUAGCAGGAGGUGUUCAGGUCUUCACCGCUCUGAAGGAGUCUGUUGAGAGAAGCCAGGCCGAGCUCAUCGACACGAUCAAAGAGAAGCAGAGAAAGAUGGAGAAACAGGCUGAAGGCUUCAUCAAAGAGCUGGAACAGGAAAUCUCUGAGCUGAAGAAGAGAAGCACUGAGGUGGAGCAGCUCUCACAGUCUGAAGACCACCUCCACCUCCUCCAGAGCUUCACGUCCCUGAAUGCUGCUCCACCCACCAGGGACUGGACACAAGUCAGCGUCCGUCCACCUUCAUUUGAGGGGACUGUGGUGAGAGCUGUGACUCAGCUGGAGGAGACCCUCAGUAAACCGAUGAAGAAGCUGCGAGCUGAGGCCGAGCUGAAAAGGGUCCAGCAGUCUGCAGUGGAGGUUACUCUCCAUACUGAUACUCUUACAGCCCUCAGGGAACAGUUGAAGAAGCUGCGAGCUGAGGUCAAUCUGAAAAGGGUCCAGCGGUCUGCAGCCCUCAGUGAACAGAUGAAGAAGCGGGAGGAGACCCUCAGUGAACAGAUGAAGCGGGAGGAGACCCUCAGUGAACAGAUGAAGAAGCGGGAGGAGACCCUCAGUGAACAGAUGAAGAAGCGGGAGGAGACCCUCAGGGAACAGUUGAAGAAGCUGCAAGCUGAGGCCGAUCUGAAAAGGGUCCAGCGGUCUGCAGCCCUCAGUGAACAGAUGAAGCAGGAGGAGACCCUCAAGAAGCUGCGAGCUGAGGCCCGAGCUGAAAAGGGACCAGAGGUCUGCAGCCCUCAGUAAACGGAUGAAGAUGCUGUGAGCUGAGGCCGAUCUGAAAAGGGUCUGCGGUUCCUCUCCAUACUGAUACAGCACAUCCCAAACUAAUUCUACAUGGUGAUGUAAAGAAGAAUACCCCAGACAAUCUGAAUUCUCUUUUCAAAUAGGGUGUUUUAAGGGUUUUCAUUUUUAACAUUUAAAGGACAAGUUAAAGGGGUUUUUGAUUGGUCUUUCGAAGUAAAUUAAGGAUUAAUUCUUGAUAAUUAUUGGUAUUGGUAUAUUUUUGAAACAUGAAUAAAAUCGAAUCAUAAAACAUUGAGCUACACACAAGAGAAGAAGGGAGGUUCUGUCUCAACCGUCCCGGUUUUUUUUCAUCUCAUAUUGUCCUCUCUGCAGACUGUGUUGCUUGAACAAAAUGAAUAA